UGUGAUGCGAUUGGAUAAGAAGAUGGAUCUGACUAACCAGGAGUAUGAACUCUUGAGACUGCAGCAGUUCACUUCAAGGCUGUUGCUUCCUGACUUUGAACUAUGAUUAGCAGGAGUUACUUUGUUUGUGUCACAGUAAAAUAUUUGGCUUGUUGCCCCAAGGAACAAAGAUAUUUUUUUUUUUCUCUUAUACAUGAAGAUGGUAUCUAAAUUUUUACUUACCCAUCUUGAUACCUUUAAAACUUGGCACCAUUUAGUUUGGAAUUGUUUCAUUGUGAAGUUACUUUGUGGAAAGGCACCAGAUACCUGUUGCCAUGUGAAUACCAGUGUAAUUACCUUCUUCAUAUGUGCAUGUAUUUGCUUAAUGCUGGUCAGCAUAUGAGCUUGGAUAAAUUCUUCAUUUUGAGUAUGGAUUGUAAUGAGAAUCACUAAAGAGUUUUGGAAACUGCCAGUCUCUCCACUUUCUAACCAAUGAUUUUAAAACUGUAGAUCUUAUUCUCCUGGUGUCUCUUUAAAAGGAGAUGAUUUUAAGUAGAGCUGGUGAUGAGUACUUCUUUGUUUUCUGUUUUGUAAACACACAGAAUUAGUGCAAGGCUGAUGCAUUUCUCAGAGCUUUUCAUGCACAUUGGAGCUGAAGUGAUGUGGUCAGUAAUAAAAUGUUCAUUCAGCUCUGCUAUGGAGGGCAAGCCAGGUUGUUCUCAUCAAUCUUGCAAGUUCUGCUGUGUCUAAAAAUUGUUGCAUACAUUGACUAAAUCUUUACUUGUAGGAAGAAGAGGAAUCUAAUUCCAAGAACCAGCGAAAUUACUGGCUUCAGGACUGUGUGUUGUCCUUGUCACCAACCAAUGACCUGAUGGUAAUAGCUAAUGAACAGAAAGCAGUCUUUCUAGUGCCUAAAUGGAAGCACAGUGACAAGGGAAAGGAAGAAAUGCAAUAUGCUGUUGGCUGGAGUGGCUCUCUGAAUGUUGAAGAAGGUGAAUGUGUGAGUAGUGUAUUGUGUGUUCCACUGGCAAGUCAGAAGAGGAGCUCCACAGGCCGCCCUGACUGGACGUGCAUCGUGGUUGGCUUCACCUCUGGCUACGUUCGGUUUUACACCGAGAGUGGAGUACUGCUUCUUGCACAGCUUUUGAAUGAAGAUCCUGUCCUACAGCUAAAGUGCAGAACCUAUGAAAUUCCCAGGCAUCCUGGUGUCACAGAACAGGUUUUGUCAGAUUAUUUCAAAAGCGAAGUGCCAGUGUUAUGGGGUAUGGAAGGGAGUCUUCUCUGUGAAUGCUCUGUGUCCUUUACCAGUUUUUGAUGGGAUGGACAAUUCCUUAGAACAAGAGGCCCUUGAUUUCUUGUUCUAGAUGUGUUCAUGCCUGUAUAGUUUGAGAAGUCAAAAUGUCUUUUGGAGUAUUAACAUUAUUGAUUUUUUUGUUUUAUUUUUCUCUGUUUGCAAAGGAAUACUUCAUUCAUGUUCUAUUUAUUCAUUUCUGUGCAAAAAAACAUAAUAAUGCAUUGAUGAAGGGAAAAACUUGACAGGUGCCAAGAGCUAUUCAUACUCAUUCUUAAGAACUUAUCUUAAUUAUUUCACAGAGAAGAUAGCUGGAAAGUAAAAGAAUGCUUAUAGGGCUAGGUGCCUCCAUGUCGUUAUGAGUAUUUCCUGCAGAGAAGGCUCUGCAGAACUCAAACUAUUUAGUAAAGAAGGCAGCUUUCUUUGCUUUUGGCCAAGUUGGCAAGCUUUAUGUGGAAAAUGAACAAAAUCACUGAAAUUUCCAAGUUUUCUUUGUACAAAUACUCACAUGAUUUAGUAUGACAUUUUUGGGAUCAGUUUUGAAAUACAGAAGCAUUAAGGAAUAUGAAUCUUGUAUCACCAGAUUAGCAUUUACGUGCCCAAGUGGUAAUUCAGGCAGGCAUUAAUCCAAUUUCAUAAUUUGGCUUCCUAAAACUGUGAUAUUUACAUUCUAGAUGAACUUGUUUUUCUGUUGCCUUCAAAAGCUGCUGUAACUUAUGUAAGCCAUAAGAUAUAUAAAGCAAACGAAGAAAUUAUUAGAAGAAGAUAAAAAUAGAAAACUAUGUGGCUAAAAUAAUUUUUGGGAGAGUUUAAUACUGAAUUUCUGUAGCUUUGCCUUAGUCUGUUGCCUGUGGCUUGUUUAGUAUUAAUUCUCUGGAUGUAAUCCUCAUCUUUGUGUAGUUAAUAGUAUAAAAAGCCAGAAAAUAAGCUGUUCUAACAGUAGCA